AUGGCGCCACCUCAGAUUAAACAAGAUCUGAAUCGCUCUGGCUGGGAAACAACCGAUUUCCCUUCCAGCUGCGAGAGUUGCCUGCCCGAUAACCCUUACGUCCAAAUGCUGAAAGAAGAGUAUGGAGCCGAGUGCAAGAUAUGCACGCGCCCCUUCACCGUCUUCCGCUGGAAAGCCGAUCGCACCGCCAGGACCAAGCGAACAAACAUCUGCCUCACUUGCGCUCGACUGAAAAACUGCUGCCAGUGUUGUAUGCUCGAUUUAUCUUUUGGCUUGCCUAUCACGGUCAGAGACGCUGCGCUGAAGAUGGUUGCACCGGGCCCACAGUCCAGCAUUAACCGAGAAUACUAUGCCCAAGAGCACGAGAAGGAACUAGAAGAAGGACGAGGCGCAGUCGAAGCAUAUGAGAAGACAGACGAAAAAGCGAGAGAUUUGUUACGGAGACUAGCCAACAGUGAGCCAUAUUACAAGAAGCAAAGACGAUUGGAAGCAGAGGGAUCUCAAUCUGAACAACAACCGAAAGAGCAGAGACAAAGUGGCUACGGUCCCGGGCCCAUACGCACUGCAGAUUCUAGAAAAGCCGGAAGUGCACAGCGAGGUGCUAAGACAGGGCCUGGUGGUGCCAGAGUGGUCACCGUAGCGCGACCUCCUCAACCCGAAGAUUGGCUGCCUCCAUCCGACCCAAACAUCACCUCGCUCUUUGUUACCGGUGUCGAGGACGAUCUGCCGGAGCACGCGAUUCGCACCUUCUUCACUCCUUUUGGUCAGAUCCGGUCCAUCGUCUGCUCCCACCGAGCCCAUUGCGCAUUCAUAAACUAUGCCACAAGAGACGGAGCCGAGGCUGCUGCUGCACACUGCCAGGGGAAAGCAGCCAUUCAAGGAUGCCCACUGCGAGUUCGAUGGGGUAAACCGAAGCCACUUGACAACACAGACCGGGAUCAAAAGAUGAGCUGGGCGAAAGAGGGUCGGGAGACCGCAGCUGCUAUCAAAGCUCAGCAGUCAGGUCAGAGAACUAUUACCACUAGCGAUAGCCAAGCUCAAAGUGAGGAUGCAGGCGUUGAAGGAAAUACUAGUAUCACUGUCGCGCCUCCACCGGGCCAAGGGGAUGUCACCUAUGCCAGUUUGGCCGGCGAUUGA